UUGAGCCCGUGGCGCCUCCGUAGCACCCGCGGGGUCACAGGGAGCCGGCCCGUCCCUGAGAGCGAGACCAGCUCUAUGGUUGCCGGGGAGAUGCGGUCGGUCAGUUACGUGCAGCGGGUGGCGCUCGAGUUCAGCGGGAGCCUCUUCCCCCAGGCCAUCUGCCUGGGAGACGCCGACAACGAUACGCUGAACGAGUUAGUGGUGGGGGACACCAACGGGAAACUCUGCGUGUACAAGAAUGACGAUAGCAAGCCCUGGACCGUGCGCUCCUGCCAAGGAAUGCUCACGUGCGUUGGUGUUGGGGACGUGUGCAACAGAGGAAAGAAUCUGGUUGUUGCCGUGAGUGCCGAGGGCUGGUUUCAUCUCUUUGAUCUGACUCCUCCACCCUCAAAGCAUCCAGAUGCCUCUGGCCACCACGAACCCCCACUGGCAGAUGAGCAGAAGCUGGUGUUCAAGCAGCACAUUCCCGCCAACACCAAGGUCAUGCUGAUCAACGACAUUGAUGGAGAUGGGAAGUUCGAGCUGGUGGUGGGUUACACAGACCGUGUGGUGCGAGCCUUCCGCUGGGAGGACCUGUCUGAGAGCUCUGACCACAUCUCCGGCCAGCUGGUGCUGCUGAAGAAGUGGCUGCUGGAGGGGCAGGUGGACAGCCUCUCUGUGAACCCGGGCCCUGAUGGUGUCCCCGAGAUGAUGGUGUCCCAGCCGGGCUGUGGCUAUGCUAUCCUGCUGUGCACCUGGAAGCCGGACCAGCAGCCCCUAGCAGAGGGAGGAGACAGCUCUGCAACCAGCAGGGAAGCCCCCGUUCGGGACGUUAUCCUUCACCAGACAUCUGGCAGGAUUCAUAACAAGAACGUUUCCACUCAUCUAAUUGGCAGCAUUGGCCGAGGCUGCCCUAAAGCGGAUGCUGGCUCAGGCCUGUUUGCCCUCUGCACUCUGGACGGAACGUUGAAGCUCAUGGAGGGGGCGGAUAAGCUGCUGUGGUCUGUGCAGGUUGAUCACCAGCUCUUUGCUCUGGAAAAACUGGAUGUUACUGGCAAUGGGCAUGAAGAGGUGAUUGCCUGCGCCUGGGAUGGCCAGACGUACAUCAUCGACCACAAUCGGACUGUGGCCAGAUUCCAAGUGGACGAGAACGUCAGCGCGUUCUGUGCUGGCCUCUAUGCAUGCAAAGGAGGCCACAACAGCCCCUGCCUGGUUUACGUCAGUUUCAACCAGAAGAUCUACAUCUACUGGGAUGUGCAGCUGGAGAGAAUGGAAUCCACCAAUCUGCUGAAGAUACUAGAGACCAACCCAGAAUACAGGGACCUUCUGCAGCAGCUGGGCGUGGAUGGAGAUGAUGUCUCGGCUGUCAAAGAUCUGAUUCACAAGACCCUGUACUUCCCAGAAAAGCAGCCACAGAACAGUCCUUGCCAGCAUCGGGGCCCUGCUGGAGCAGACUCCUCCAGUCACCCCACCGUUGCCCAAGACUCGUGCCUCCUCUCGCAGCAGCAGCAGCUUUCUUCCGGGGUGUGAUCUCACACACAGAGCUGACUUGUUUCCCAUGGUACUAAGAACAGGGAGGUGUGUGGCUGAUACCUGAAGAAAAUUAGGCAGCUCCAGCAACAGUGCUGGCAAAAGGAACCCAAACUGCAUUCCUACCAAGAGCAAUCAGGAGAAAGCUGAACCCGCAUUCUGGUCGCUCACAUAAAGACUGUGGGCCAAGCUCAUCCCUGGGAUGACUAUUUAUACAGAGCAGUCAAGAACUGGACAAUAAAUUGAAUCCAUUCUAAA